AUGACAACCGAGCAUCGUUCCCCGGGACGAUUGCAAGGCCGCGUGGCUAUCAUCACCGGUAGCUCAAGUGGCCUGGGAGCUGCUAUCAGUCAGGCGUUCGCUCAGGAGGGCGCAGUGGUUUUCUGCGUGGAUCUAUACCCCUCGCCACGCAAUGCAAUCAACGCUACCACUGGCAAGGCGGAUGAUUUCAAUAUUCGUGUACAUGGCCAGGGCACACACGAAAAGAUCCGUCAGGCUGGUGGAGAGUGCUUUUACCAAAAAACUGAUGUCACCAAGGCUCGGGACAUGGACAUGGCUGUUCGGGCGUGCGUUCAUCGGUACAAGCGAGUUGACAUCAUAGUCAACAAUGCUGGUGUCUCGGUCGAGAGCACGCACGUCCGACCCUUGCGCGCCCACGAGACAAGCGAGGAGGAUUUCGACAAGACUAUGGCAAUUAACAGCAAGGGGAUGUUUCUGGGCUGCAAAUAUGCUCUGAAGCAGAUGCUGGAACAAGAACAGAUCUAUCGAUCACGAGGCUGGAUCAUCAACACGGCUAGCGUGCAAGGGCUCGUGCCGUACUAUGGCACACCAAGCUACUGUGCCAGUAAGGGAGCUGCGGUCAUGCUGACGAAGCAAAUUGCGUUGGACGACGCGAAGGACCUGAUCCAUGCCAAUGCUCUAUGUCCGGGAUUUCUGGAGACGAGUAUGACCCAGAAUCUACAGAGUGACUUGGAGAGUAAGAAGGAGAUUGAGGCAAAACAUCCGCUCGGCGGGAAGCUGGGCAGCAUCGAAGAUGUAGCAAGAGCUGCAGUAUUCCUGGCGAGUGAUGACGCAGGGUGGAUCACAGGUGUUCCGUUGCCCAUUGAUGGUGGCUAUCUGCUGAGGUAG